UUUGUUUUGUUUUUUUUGCUACUGUAUCCCCUUUGGUCUGUUUUGUUGAUUCACAAUGAAUUAUAGGAUAGUGAAAUCCACGCACUGAACGGAGGCGGGGAAAAAUAAAUAAAACGGUAUCAUGAAAUGGAGAUCACUCGAGCCAGGCCGAGCUUGUACGGUGACAUCGCUCACGGGCUUGGAUUCUGGACAGAUCGUUCAGCAGUUCAUGAAGCUGCUGCACAUGGGAGGGCCCUCCAGCUCCAGCAGCUGAUUGAGAGGGGUGCAGCAGUGAAUAUUGUGGCCGUUGACUCCAUCACUCCCUUACAUGAGGCCUGUGUACAAGGACAGACUCAGUGUGUCAGACUGCUGCUGGAUGCAGGUGCACAGGUGGAUGCACGUAACAUUGAUGGCAGCACUCCGCUGUGUGACGCUUGUGCAGCAGGGAGUCUUGAAUGUGUCAAGCUGCUUUUGGAGUAUGGGGCAAAAGUGAACCCCCCACUGUUCACAUUCUCACCACUUCAUGAGGCUUGCAUGGGAGGUAAUGUGGAUUGUGUUCAACUUAUGAUUGACCAAGGAGCUUUCUUGGAAGCUCACGACUGUCACUACGGAACACCACUCCACGUAGCGUGUGCCAGGCAGCAGUAUGACUGUGCCAAAGUGCUUCUCAAUGCAGGAGCAAAUGUGAAUGCUGCCAAGCUCCAUGAGACUGCUCUUCAUCAUGCAGCCAAGGCAAAGAAUGCUGACUUGAUUGAGCUUCUUGUGGAUUUCGGAGGGAAUGUGUACGCCAGGGAUAAUCUUAACAAAAAACCUAUCCACUAUACAAGCCCCCUGUCACAUCCUUAUCUCUGCCUGGAGUUCUACGAGAGUAACCCCCCGAGUUUACAGCAGAUUGGCAGAGUUGCUGUCAGGAGAGCUCUUGGCACAAGAGCACUUAAAGUUAUUUCCAAACUUGAUUUGCCCAGUCGCAUUAUAAAUUUUCUUUCUUACAUGCCACCUCCAGUAAUCGAAUUUUAAUUGCACAACAAAUGUGAGC